AUGGAGGCACAGCCAGCUUCGCUAUCACCAUCUUCAUCAUCAUCUUGCAGUACAAAUGAUAACAUUAUGCUACCUUCUUUCUCUUCGGUUUGGACUGAAUCCGAUAAAACAGAACCACUCCAAGCUGUGAACCAGGAGCAGGCACCCAUUCCCAUGUCAGAUAUUGGAUUGCUGAGAUUUAUGGAACUCACUGCCAAUGGUGGGAUGAGGUGGGAGGAUGUAAAGGACCGGUUUGACCGGCUUUCCAUCACCCUGGGGCAAACUGAACCGGUUAUAAAAUGGUCUGAUUUUGGUUUGUGCAUAGGGAUGGAACAGUCGCAAGAGUUCGCUAAUCAGCUACUAAGGGCUCUAAGGAAAAGCAAGGAUCGGAAUUUUGGUAUACCAAAAGCUGAACUGCAGAGUUACUGGUCUCGUAUGACCGACCCUUGCUUCAGUUCAAGGAUGCAGAUAUUCUUUGACAUGUGUGACAGAAACAUGGAGGGAAGAAUAACAGAAAUAGAUAUCAAGCAGACUAUUACACUAAGUGCUACUACAAAUAAGUUAUUUUUGACACCUGAGGAAGCAGAAGACUAUGCUGCUUUGGUCAUGGAGGUGCUUGACACUGAAAAAAGGGGCUACAUUGAGCUUCCACAAUUUGAGACCCUCAUCAAAAUGAACUUAUCAAAGGCCUCUUUCUCACAUAACCACUUGUCAAUCAGACAUGAUCCCUAUCACAAUUUUGACCAAGUUCAAAAGCCAAAUUCCAGGAUAAAUAUUUUGUUUCGAACUUAUUGGCGACGAGCAUGGAUAGUUUUGCUGUGGUUGAUCAUAUGUAGUGCACUCUUCACUUGGAAAUUUCUACAAUAUAGGCAUAGAGCAGCUUUUCAAGUAAUGGGGUACUGCCUAUCCUCUGCCAAAGGUGCUGCUGAAACCCUCAAAUUCAACAUGGCUCUAAUUCUCCUCCCUGUCUGUCGUAAUACAAUUACAUGGCUGCGAAGGAACCGUUCAAUCAACUCAAUCAUUCCAUUUAAUGACACUAUCAACUUCCACAAGCUCAUAGCAGGAGGGGUAGUGGUAGGAGUUAUCCUACAUGGUGGUUGUCACCUAGCCUGUGAUUUACCAAGAAUUAGUGAGUCAGAUCAUGUAAUAUUCGGGCAAACAAUAGCUGCCCGAUUCGGGUACCAUCAACCAUCAUACUUUGAAAUAUUGACCACAAAGGAAGUGGCAUCAGGAAUUGGUAUGGUGAUACUAAUGGCCGUAGCAUUCUCACUUGCAACACGAUGGCCACGCCGGGGGUCACCUUCACUGCCAAAGUCAGUCCGGAAUGUCACAGGAUACAAUACCUUUUGGUACUCACACCACUUGUUCAUUCCUGUAUAUGCAUUGCUCAUUUUUCACUCUAUAUUCCUCUUCCUUACAAACAACGUAACUGAAAAAACGACAUUGAUGUACAUUGCCAUUCCAGUUCUGUUAUACACCGGAGAACGAGUGUUUCGAGCCAUAAGAUCUGGAUUCUAUGAGGUGGAAAUGUCAAAGGCAAGUAUUUAUCCUGGAAAAGUUUUGUCCCUCAAAUUGCACAAACCAAAAGGUUUCAAGUACCUGAGUGGCAUGUACAUAUUCAUUCAAUGCCCUCAGAUUUCGCCAUUUGAAUGGCACCCGUUUUCGUUAACUUCAGGACCAGAAGAUGACUACCUAAGUGUGCAUAUUAGAACUACUGGGGACUGGAGUUACCAAAUAUACAGUCUUUUCCAAGAGGCAACAUUAUCAGGGCUUAACAGUUACCCUAAAGUACACAUUGAUGGACCUUAUGGUGCUCCAUCUCAAGACCAUAUCAAGUAUGAUAUCAUUGUUCUAAUCGGUCUAGGCAUAGGCGCUACACCUUUCAUUGGCAUCCUCAAAGAUAUUGUCAAUAGUGCUCAAAACUCAUCACAGAGCUCCUUUGAAUGGUUUAGAGACAUCAUGAAGGAAAUAUCAGAUUCAAAAGAAAAGCAGUCUAUUGUAGAGAUGCACAGUUUCUUAACUUCUGUUUAUCAAGAGGGAGAUGCGCGUUCGGUUCUGAUAAGUGCAAUACAAGCAUUGCUUUAUGCCAAAAAUGGUAUUGACUUUGUCUCCCGGACUCCGGUAAGAACACAUUUUGCCCGGCCAAACUGGUCCAGCAUCUUCUCAGAAUUGGCUUGUAGACACAGAGGAGCACGGAUUGGGGUUUUCUACUGUGGGGCUUCAACCUUGGCAGAAGAGUUGCAGGGAAUGUGUACCAAAUUUUCGACCAAAACUUCCACAAGAUUUGUAUUUCACAAGGAGAAUUAUUAA